CAAUGUAAGGUAAUACUAGCACAGCUACUAAAUAUCAUUCAGUCAAUACCUUCACAACUAUUUAGAAACUACAGCAACAAUAAAACACACAUUACUUCAGACACGCAGACAGCAAGACUCAAAACAAUGUUACAAAACGGGAGAUGUUUUGUAACAGUCUUACAGACCUGGCCAAUGAGAAGAGCUGAGCGGGGCCACGUGGUGGACUUUAUAUAACAUUUUUUUUCCCCUUAAGCUCAAUACCUACAGCUGUGCGAUGGAUCUUGUGUAUGUUCAUGAACUAAACAGGGGGACAAGGGAGACCAAAAUGAAUGAAAUCGUGUCAACAAACUGUUAACACUGGAGUAAGCACCGUCCUAGCUCCGCGAUGGGCACGGAGAACAUGGAAAGCAAUGUGAUGCUGGAGCUCGCUGCUGAAGCUUUCCAGGCAAGAAACUUUGAGCUGGCUGCGGAGAUCUACGAAUGCCAGCUACGGGAUUUCAGCGACCCUGCUACGCAACUGGAACUGCUCUUGAGGAGGGCAGACGCGCUAGCUUUCGGGGGCAGCUUGAGCGAAGCGUUCGAGAUCUACCAGAAAGCAUCCAAACUCCAGAGGCUGCGACCGGCGCAGCUGGAGAAUCUGACAGAGUGCCUGCUUGGCAGCAUCAGGAGCAAAGAGGGACUGAGCGCUCAUAAGAAUCAACAGGAGCACGGCACUAGCAGCUGCAGCGGCGUGUACGGUGCGUUCACUUGCAGGAUAUGCCUGGGGUUCCUGUACGAGCCGGUCACGCUGCCUUGUGGACACACGUACUGCAGGAUCUGCCUAGAGAGAGAGAAGGAAAGACCGCUGGUCUGCAAGCACUGCAAAGACAGCACGAAGCUCUGCGAUGUGCACGGCUACAGAAUCAACGUGGUUCUCUGCAACCUGUUAGCGAAGUGGUUUCCGUCGCAAGUGCAGGCAGUGAGACUGAGACACGAAGGGAAUGCUUUGUACGCGGAGAAAAACCUGGAAGCGGCACUCGAAAAGUAUAAUGAAGCAAUACAAUUAGCUCCCAGGGACCAUGUGCUGUUCAGUAACCGAUCACAGAUAAACUCCAGCUUGAAGAACUAUGAAGAUGCACUAAGCGAUGCCGAGGUGGCAUGUAAACUUCAACCGCUUUGGCUAAAGGGACACUUACGGAAAGCACAAGCCCUGACGAUUCUCAGGAAAACAGAGGAAGCUUUAACUGAAUACCUGUUCUGUAUUGCCUUGGAACCAGAAAGCAAGAUGGCAAAAUGUGAAGCACAAAAGCUGCUGAUUGAUCUGUUCUCGCCAGUCCCGGAUAACGUCCAGGAGAGAAUUCCCGACUGCAUGCGUUUACUGUCGCCUCGAGCCAGAUUAAAGGGAAACACCUUGAACACUUUGAGCGAAAGCAGCAGCCCACCAAGAUCAUACAAGGACUGUAAGAAGAGAAACGACAGCGCAAUGUCACCGGAGGAAUCACAGUCAUCUUUGUCUGUUGCUGAUGUACCGUGGGCAAAGCCUCCUUGCUGUGAAGACCAGGGCAAAGUCAAGUACUUUUCACAAGAGUAUCGGCCGCCUGCGUUUGACACAAGCUGCCUUCUAAAGAGGAAACACAGCGUGGAGGAGGAAGACAAGGGAGAGAGUUUCGAAAGAUCCUGCAAAUAUAUGAAGCAAGAGACCACAUCCACGGCGCCGAAGACAGCGACAGCCACGUGGUGCUCUGUCCCAAGUGACCUGAUUGACCCCAGUGACCUGGAGUGCUCGCUGUGUAUGAGACUGUUCUAUGAACCUGUGACAACUCCCUGCGGCCACACCUUCUGUCUGAAAUGCCUGGAGCGAUGUCUGGACCACAACUCCCAGUGCCCGCUGUGCAAAGAGAGGCUCUCUGAGUACCUGGCCCAGAGGAAGUACAGCAAGACCCUGCUGAUGGAGGGCCUCAUAGAUCACUACCUGCAGGAGGAGCUCGUGGAGAGGAGGAAAGUUCACGAGGAGGAAAUCGCUGAGCUGUCCAAUUUGAAUAAGAACGUGCCUAUCUUCGUGUGCACCAUGGCCUUCCCCACUGUACCCUGCCCCCUGCACAUCUUCGAGCCCUGCUACCGGCUCAUGAUUCGGAGAUGCAUGGAGACCGGCACCAAGCAGUUUGGAAUGUGCAUCACCGAUCCCAUCAAAGGGUUUGCAGAUUACGGCUGCAUUCUUGAGAUCAGGAACGUGGAGUUCUUCGCAGACGGCCGCUCUGUGGUCGACACCAUCGGGAAGAGGAGGUUUAAAGUGGUUGAGCAACACCAGCGCGACGGCUACAACACUGCGGAUAUUGAAUACCUGGAGGACAAGAAGGUGGAGGGGGAGGCACAUGCAGAGCUGCUGUCGCUCCAUGACGCAGUGUACAACCAGUCCUUCACGUGGUUCAACUCCCUCAAACCAGAACAGAAGGAGCGGAUCACCGGGCACUUCGGACCAAUGCCAGACAAGGAACCCGAGCCACAGGUCAGCCCCAAUGGUCCCUCCUGGUGCUGGUGGCUACUGGCGGUCCUGCCCUUGGAGGGUCGCGCUCAGCUGCCGUUCCUGGCCAUGACGUCGCUCAGAGAGCGUCUGAUCGGCAUCCGUAGAGUGCUGUCCUUCAUGUCCCGCGGCCGCGCCCGCUGACCGCCCGCUGCCGCGUGUUCCUCUUAUUUUACUUUUUUUUUAUGAGACCAAAAUUGUAUCCCUGCACAGCCUUGUGUAAAAAAACUACCAAUGGCAGGAUUCCUGCUGGUUUUAUCAAAUUCUUAAGAAAUGCAAAAAAAAAAAAAAAAGA